AUGGCCACUGGACAACCCCAGCUUUACAGUUUCCCCAGCACUGAUGCUCUGGCCAAGCAAUUAAGGCCCUACAUCCUUCGGGCCCAAAAUGCCGCCAUCGCUCGCCACGAUACCUUCCGCGUCGCCGUCUCCGGUGGCUCCCUCCCCACCGUGCUCGCUCGCGCUCUGCUCGAGCCUAGCAAUGGUACUCCCGAGGAUACCCCACAGUUCGCCAAGUGGGAUAUCUUCUUCGCCGAUGAACGGGCCGUCCCACUUGACCACGAAGACAGCAACUACAAGCUCCUCAAGGCUGAGCUGCUGACCAAAAUCCCAGCGGAGCUCGGAGCUCCGACUGUCCACCCCAUCGAUGCCGACCACGUCCACGACGAUGACCCUCAGGAAUUGGCCGACCUCUACCAGGAAGACCUGAUGCGGUCCUUCGCCGCCAAGGACAGCGUCAAGCUGCCCAUCUUCGACCUCAUUCUGCUGGGUUGUGGCCCCGAUGGCCACACCUGCAGAUGCUUGGGUCGCCGCCGAGACCAACUCGCCCAAGCCUCCCCCCCCAAGCGUAUCACUCUCACCCUGCCCGUCGUCACCUCCGCCCACGAUAUUGCCUUCGUGGCCACCGGCGCUGGAAAGAAGGAUAUCAUGAAGGCCAUCUUUGAUACCGAGGAGGGCCGUAACCUUCCUUCUGCUCUGGUCAACCAGGGUGGUGGUGAGAAGGUGAGCUGGUUCACCGACCACCCCGCCAUUGACGGUGUUGCUUUCCCUCGUCGUGGCAACCUCUAG